CCGCUCUGGCAAGUAUUGAACUUUGUUCUUCUGCUGAUGUUUUCGUUAACGAUCGAAUGCUCGUUCCAGUCAGCAUCACGGCAACGGAGCCUGCAAUUAAGGUAACGGAUAUCCGUUUUAGGUACACAAUAGACCGAAAAGAUUGCACCUAAUCCAUACAAUUCCAUCCGGAACAUCCGUAUCCGUGCAAGUAUCCAAAAUAUGUACGAUGGAGGUUGAUGAAUCGAACAAAUCGAAGCCUUCGGAGGACGGCAUGUGGGAAACGUUGAUUUCCACUUUAACAUCGAACAUACACAGCUGCGGAUCUAAUCUGGAGAUGAUAGUGAACAUGAUAUGCACCGACCUCACCUACGACGAUCCCGGAUUGUUUCCUCCCAGGCUUCUCACGACGGAUGCCGAACGGCUCGCUUGUCGGGCCUGCAACUUCUGGCUGAUCAACCAACUUCUACGAAUUGCCACGAUGGACUCAUACAACAGCAUCUGUUCCAGUUACACGCGCCUCCAGAAAGAAAUCGCCGCUGCUUGUUUCAUAAAGCAGCGCUGGUUGGCGCUCGAGAUAUUGGCUAAGUUUGUGCAGCUUCUGGAGCAACUAAAUGCUUACCGUCCGGAGGAUAGUGUCUCGAUGAACGUGUUCCACGUGCGAUCGUACAACUUUGCCGAAGUACAGUCAGAGAAUUGUGAGUUCGCCGACAUUGUCAUAACCAACGCGAAAUCUCGCCGGAUGCUGCGAAUGCACUGUUUGCAUGUGCUAGCGGAGUUUCCCACAAUCCUGGCCAGUGAAUGCGAACCAACGGUGCACUCCAUCCUAGCAAGCGCUAUGCUGGCGGUCCACUACUGUCUUUCUCACGGUACCCUCGAGGAAAAAACAUUGUGCGUGCUUUUUGCGCGAAAGUACUUGAAACAUCACUGCCACACUUUGCCUGGUCAACGCUCGUUGCAAAUCACGGUGGACAUCAUGGCACUCACAUCGACGGCACUAGAGCGACUGAAAUCUUGGCAUUCCAGCGGUUUGGUACGGGUUAAGCACGUUGGCGACUUUAUUACAGUCAUGACGGAUUUCUUCAAUACGAUGAGUAGUUUAAAGUUUCGGAACGUGGACGAUGCUUGGAAUCACAGGCUAACGGUGGCGGCCACAGAAACGUUAAAGGCCUCAAGCAUUCCCCUGCAAAUCAGUGAACAACUUACCAUCGCCUCUGAAAAACUUAACCAACAAGUGCAUCUAUGUUUGCAAAAUUUUAAACCGGCCGCUACAAGCUCAUGUGUGUUGGUCUCCGUCAUGGAUCACAGUCCCGAUGUGGUGCUGCAAAUGGAUAACGCAAUCAUUGAGCAAUUGCUGAAAGCGACAGCCAUCUCGGACGAUAAUCUCGCGAUCACCGUCACCGAUAAGAGCAAUAUUUGGGCCACGCUAGUGAGGAAAAUGGAAUGCGAUGAACCGCCACUGGAGCGACUUAUUGUACUAUCGCACAAAAUCAACUUCAAGUUUCAGUGCGGCACGUUGAACGACGAAAAAUCGAAUGAUAAAAGUCCCAAAGAAUGUUUCUUCUUUCCGUCAAGAGAAACGUUGCUGUCCACGAGUAACUUGUUUCAGGCAUCUGCUAAACGCUACUGCGCGUUACUAGAUAUGUGCUUCGACGUGAUCCACCUCCCCGACUGUAGGCUACUCAGUAGCAACCAGCAACACAGCCUGGUACGCGUGUUAUUUGCUCCAUUCGAAGGAAAAUUCAUUCGUCGAGCAACCCUUGAUGAACAGUGCGCAGAGAAAGCCUAUCUCCAGGAAGCCGACAACACUAACUCGACACGAAAGUACGCUUUAGAAAAAUUGUGUGCCUUACGCACUGACUAUCUGGUUGACGAUGCAGUUAGAGAUACUGUACGCGAACGGCUUAUUCAGCUUAUAACGGCGAUCGGUAGUUAUAGCGUAGAUGCUGAGAAUGGCGAAGAUGGCUUUCUUUUGCAGCAAGUUUUGCUAAACCAGUUCCAGCCACUAGUGUUAUCGACCAAGUUGCCUAUUUCAUUGAUUUUCGAAAAGAUCCUCGUCCCAUCGCUUGCACUGUGUGCGAAGAAACCGGAACUCACGACGAGUGUUUUUGGUGCUUUAGAGAUGCUGUGCUGUAUUCAUUCGGCCAGAAAUGCAUCUGAAUUUCGUGUUUAUCAACGAUCGCCACGCACACGAAACUACGAGUGUAUCUGCCAGAGGCCCACCCAACUAGCAGAUGGAUAUUACAGCAAAAAAACAACGGAGCAACUGCUGUCCGAAGGACAAUCGAUUGAACUGGAUGGUACGAUAGUAUCGGCCCUUGAGCACUUGAAGACCACUCGCAACGUUUCUAUUCGACUGGCUUGGGCGAACUUCCUUCCAGCGGCACUUCGGCAUAGCGAUUGCCUGGUCAGCGAAGAGAGGAUCACUUUUUGGAUUCCUUUAUUUGGCGAUGAAUCGAUGGAAGUGUGCCAAAUCGUGAGCAAACGGGCAGAGGUCGUAAUGCAGAUACUGGCGACAAAGUUGUCCAAUGAACAGGAACGGUACGAGAAAUGCAUCAAUCUGCUGCUAGAAGAGCUGCUGCGGGUAAUCAAGCAUUGCUUGGAGCAAACCCCAUCCUACUUAUACCAGUACACGGUCGUUCGACUGGUGGUAGCUGUGGUGACCGGUCGUGCUGAGGCAGCACGAGUGCAUGGGGCAGGAUCAUCCCAAGAGACGCUAAUGCAGAGUGUAAGAAUGAUGCUAUUUCUACUGAUGCAGCCGGAGUCGGAAGUGACGAAUGAAGCAUCACUGGCAGUGGCGGAAAUGUGCGCUCGCCAUGAAGUGAGCCCGUGGAAUAUACUUUGCUGGUAUCGUCACGACGUCAUCAAGCUGAUGGCUGGCCUAGUGGUCUGCAAUUACCGCUUUUCAGGAAUCUCGCUUUACCAAUCUCUAACCAUCGUGAGCUAUACGUUUGGGUGCCGGGAUCCGGUAGAGUUUGUCGGUAAACACUACAAGAUCAUGAUGGCAACGCUACUGCCCUGGUGUCUACGCUUCCCGAAAUGUGACGAAUUGCUUCGCGAGCUGGCGGCCAUCGUCCGCAAGGAUCUGGUGGCGAUGCUGUCCAUGUCCUUUCUCACCAUUUAUACAUAUUUAUUCAUCAGCGAGGAAACGGAAGUGACGUACCGAUGCAUCGACUACAUCAUGAAGCUGACGGGCAACAGCUUUUGCCGUUUGCUUCACUCCGAUAUAAAGAGCACCGUGCCGGAAAUCUUGAUCUUCUAUCACAUCAAUGCGGAAUGUGUGCUGCAUGCGAUACGCAGCUUGUUGUCCAAGGACAGUGAUCCCGAUCAGCAAGUUCCUACCGCUCGAAUCGCCGAGUACAUUGCAGGGCGUUUCCUUGGCGUGCUAGCCUACUUCGAGGCAACACUCGUGCAUCCGGAUGCGGAAAAAGUUUUAAAAUCUGAGGCACUACUCAGCUUGGGUGACAUUAUCCGGCUCUUGGGUGGUGAACACAUUACUCCAUUCCGGUUCAAAAUUAUUGCUUUGCUUCGAACCGCACUGGGGCUACAGGUGCCAGUGCUGACACGGCACUGUGUGAAGAUAUGGCGAAUCUUCGUCUGUACGGUCGAUGUUCGACAACUCGGUCCACUGCUGAGCACGAUUGUCGUUACGCUUGAACCAUUGCUGGCUCAGUUUCCCGAUGAUAUCGACUACAUCUUCCGCUACCUGAUCAUGGAAAACAACAGUCUGCUCGGUCAGUUCAUUGGGGAUUUGUUCUUCCUCGACGAUAUGGCGAUAGCGGUCGAUGUAAAACGUGCGGUGGCGCAACGCGCUCCACCCCCCAGUGAACCACGGUAUCGUUUUGCUUCCCAGCUUGACGAACUGAUUCGACACUGCAAUCACGAAAACUUAACUGUCCGCGCUUACGCCUUGGCCCAUCUGCGCCGUCUGUGCGCCGGCAAUCGAUCGGAACUGAACGAAUCCAUCCUGGGGCAACACCAGCGGAUAAGCAUUGGCACGAUCGCAACGCUUGUGGAAACACUGAUUCGUGGUCUUGGCGAACAGGAUGUACAGAUCCAGCUGCGUGCAGCCGAAUGUCUCGGUGAACUCGGUGCUCUUGCACCCAGUCAUCUUCCGCCCAUCUACGCACCGCUGGGCAUAGGGUUUGCGCUGAGCGUACACUCGGAUGCUUUCGCGAUCAUCGCACUGCGUGAACUGUGUCGGGCGUACCAGCGGCAAAAGGAUUCGAAGAAUGUCGAUAGCUUCUCGUUAGCCAUCCAGGAGAUACUGAAUGAACGGGGCGUGUCACCGAAGGCCGGCAAGAAGGUGGACGUGUGGGAAACGAUUCCGGAGCGACUAAGACCGAUCAUGGAACCACUGCUUACCUCGUGCUACACGACCGUAUCGAAAGCUGCCCCAACAUUUCCCCACCCCGUGUUCGGCUCAGUUCGCUCGAGCCUUGACUGGUCCUAUCAGUGGGCAUCACAGCUGAUCGAGAGCAUCGGCCAAGAGGUGACGCGCAAUUUACUGCGCGCUUUCAAACCGUCUCUACGAUGGGACAACGGUACACUGUCACUGCUGUUACCCUACAUACUACUGCAUUCCCUGCAACUCGGUGAAGGUGGCGAGCGACAGCGAAUCCGUAUCGCAGAGGAACUGCAAACGGUCUUCGAUGCCGCGAUCGCCGAUAUCGACGAUGCUACCGUUGUGUUGCCUUCAUCUCGGACUACACUGGGACAGCCUAGCGAUGUUAACCCGCCAAUGGCAAACAGCAGUGGUAACAGUAGCAGCAUGGUUUCGAUGGCGAACAGCAAGAGCACUGAUAGCACCGCCUCGGAGAUAGCCGUUCAAUGUGCAAAGUUCGCUUUUGGAUUAUUCGAUUUCCUGGAGCGCUGGAAGCGACAGCAAUUUAAAGCCGAUCCGAGCCAUCCCGGUGCUACCAGUACCGAUGUCAACGCACGUCGUAAUGAGGCGAAAGUAGUGGAUGCGUUUCUGAACCGGUUCGAUAGCGAUCUGCUGGCAAAGGUGAACUUCAAGUGUCAUGAGUACGCCAGGGCUUUGCUUUACCUCGAGCAACGGUCAAUUGGCGAAGAUCGAGGAGCGAGGCUUCAGGCCAAACUGCCAUUCCUGGCCGAAAUCUACUCGCGGCUUGGUGACACCGACUCGAUCGAAGGGGUGAUGGCGUUGAAAGCAACGGAACCGACUCUUUCCGAGCAGAUUUUGCACCACAAUGCCACGGGACGGUUGCAGGAAGCGGUAGCCUGCUACGAAAGAUUGCUGCAAGUGACGGGAGCAGCAGCUGAGCCGCCCAAGCUGGAAGAUCUGAACAGCAUGAUCGAGUGCUACUUACGGCUGGAUCAACCGGAGACGGCACUGCUGCUAUCAGAAAGCUUGCUCGAUCGGUACUAUGAUACGGCGCUACGAGGUCCGCUGCAGGCCAUUCAAGCGGAACCCUUGUACCGUCUUGGACGGUUCGAGGAACUCGAAGAGUUGCUCCGAUAUCGGCAAACUACGCUGAGCACUGAACAACCACUGGGUCAACAUUGGGGCGUCAUUUGUGGGUCGCUGAUCGUUAAAUACCGCCGAACAGGCCUAGAUGAUGAUGCUGAUGGGGAGUUUGAAGCGCAAGUGGAACGAGCCCGAUUGGAGGUGUUGCGGGGUAGAGGCACCCGGACUGGUUCGCGUACGCUCGAUGAUCUCGGUACGUACGAGAAACGGUACGAGCAGGUGCUGAAGCUGCACAUUAUCAGCGAAAUUGAGCAGUGUGGUUUUCUGAUGCGCCGCUUGCGCAAAAAUGGAACCACUCGGAAAAUGGUCGAUGACGUUAGCCAAUUGAUUGGCAAUCUCAACACACGGCUCGAAGUACUGCAACCGAAUGCGAUGACGCUCGAGCCCAUCAUUAGCUUGCGGAGAAUUUUGCUCAAAGAGCUGAAGCUGACGGUUGAACGGGACGAUCGGAUCGAGCGUGAAACCGGCCAGGAGCUGCGUCAGCUGAUCGACCGCCAGAUUGGUGAGCUGUGGAUGAAGAGCACCGAGUUGGCUUCACGGGCCAACAUGUAUCAACAGGCACUGUUGUACAUACUGCAUGCCGAAAGCUACCGGCCACCGGAUUUGUUCAUAAAAAAUGCCAAACUCUUGUGGGAUCGGCGUGAUAUGAUCGGCGCACUGAAGGUACUCGAGCGCGGUGUCAAUGAUAUCCUUAAUGAGGCUGGUGGUUCCGGCAGCACAGUGGCGCCGGUGAAUGGAGCCGACAGAAUGGCAUUACCGAAAACCCUCUCGAGGGGUAACCGUUUGAUCUACGCUGAAGGGAAGCGACUGAUUGCGGCUUACAAUGCCGAAGCGUCCAAUAUUUCCACCGAUUUGAAUUUUCGCUACUUCAAGGAAGCUGUCGCGGCGAACCCAGAAAGUGAGAUCACGCUGGUGCAUCUGGCACAGUAUGCGGACAAGCUGUUUGCUUCCCUGUCCACCAGUGAACAGGACUCGCAGAGAGGUCAGGAAGCGUUGCUGGAGGUGAUGACAUGGUACGGCAAAUCGAUGAUCUACGGGUCGGGCUACAUCUAUCAGUCGAUGCCACGUUUCCUGAGUAUCUGGCUCGAUUGUACCGCCAAAUUGUACCCACGGGGUGGCUCUAGUGAGUCGAGUGCGCGAGACGAGCGUGGUACGAGCGCAGUUCCCAGCGCUAGCCGUAAAAUCGCGCAGCAUAUGAACAAAAUGGUGCACAAGUUUCGGGAAACACUUUCACCGUACUUCUUCUUCACGGCCUUUUCGCAGCUGAUCAGCCGAGUGGCGCAUCCAUCGCCCGAAACGUACCAGGUGCUGAAGAGUAUCAUCGUUAAGCUGUUGAUCAAUUACCCCCAGCAAACACUCUGGAUGAUGCUGAGCGUGUACAAAUCAUCGUAUGCGAACCGCGUGCGUCGCUGCAUGGAGAUCCUGCACGAUCGUCAACUGUUGCAGGUGAGCGAGAUGGAUAAGCUGAUCAAGGAUUUCAAUGUUCUCGCCGACCGGUUCAUCGAGCUUACCAACAAGGAAAUACCUGGCGGUGCGAGCAGUACCCGUACGGCGACCGUCAAGGUGUCUGUGUCGAUGCUGGUGAAGGCGUUACCGAAGCUGCUGGCGGAGAGCAAUUUCUCCAACGUGCUCAUGCCCAUACAAAGCUGCAUGCAGCUCGUGCUGGACAAGAGCUCUGGCAACGCCUUCAAACCGUACCCGAUGAAUGCGAUCUACAUACGGGGCAUCGAGGAGGAGGUAACGGUUCUGCACUCGCUGCAAAAACCACGCAAGAUUACGCUCCGCGGCCACAAUGGGCGGCUGUACACGAUGAUGAUGAAGCCGAAGGAUGACUUGCGGAAGGACUUUCGGUUGAUGGAGUUUAACGCGGUGGUGAAACAGUUUCUGGCCCAGGAUCCGGAUGCUAAGCAUCGACGGUUGCACAUUCGUACGUACGCGGUGCUACCACUCAACGAGGAGUGCGGUAUUAUCGAGUGGAUUUCGAAUCUAAACACAUUCCGUGGUAUCGUGUUCACGUACUACAAGCAGCGUGGACUGGGAAUGGGAGCGUCAGAGCUUCGGAAGCAUAACUACGGUCGAAAUGAACCGUUGGCAAAGAAACGCGACGCGUUUCUGUCUGUCCUGUUGCCGCGCCAUCCGGCCGUGUUUGGAGAGUGGUUCCGUGAUUGUUUCCCUAACCCGCAUAACUGGUUCCAGGCACGCUCGUCGUACAUUAAGACAACGGCCGUCAUCUCCAUUGUUGGAUACAUACUUGGGCUAGGGGAUCGGCAUGGUGAGAACAUACUGUUCGAUUCCACCAACGGCGACACGGUGCACGUGGAUUUUAACUGUUUGUUUAAUCGUGGCGAAACCUUCCAAAUACCCGAGUGUGUACCGUUCCGACUGACGCACAACAUGGUGGCCGCCAUGGGACCACUGGGUGUCGAGGGGUUGUAUCGGAAAUGCUGCGAGAUCGUGCUGCGCAUACUGCAAACCAAAACGCCAACCUUAAUGUCCGUCUUGCGCCCGUUCGUGUACGAUCCGAUGGUGUCGUGGAGUAAGAUCAGCGCCGGCCAUGGCGAUCAUAGCAGUCGUGAUAGCAGUACGGAGCGUACGGAUUCGGCGGCGCUGCAGAAUGUACUAAACAUAGAGGAACGACUGAAAGGAUUUGUGAAAAUCAAUGGGAAACUCUCCAAUAUGCCCUUAUCGAUUGAGGGGCAGGUUAGUCAUCUGAUCAAGGAAGCGAUCGAUAUCGAUAAACUUGCCCAGAUGUACAUAGGCUGGUCAGGAUACAUUUAAUCGAAUUGCCCGAGUCUUCUAGCGUUGUAUUCCCCAAAAUGUAACGAUCGUGCUUCAUACCUUUGAUCGAAUUGAUUGAAAUUUAUGUAAAAUAAUUUCGUUAUGCCACUUUUUACUGCG